GUGAAGGGCGAGCGGAAUUGGAACAAGAGGAGAGAGUGCCAAACAAGCCCAGACUUGACUUGAAGGCCGCCUUCGUCUUGCCUCCUAGGGGGGUUGGCUUCAAGGCUGAGAAAGGCCAGGAAAAUAUACAGGAAAACAGCAGACCUAUUGACAGUUCCGUGUGUCAAAAAAGAUCGGAUUUUUCGUACCUCCCUAUCACUCUGUUUCCAAGAUGACUUUGCCUCUUUGGACCAGAGGGAACCGCUCACUUUAAAGCUGGAUCUCUACACGAUGGAAGCCCAUCAGGACUUUCGACUGACUUGGGUGAACUACUCGCAGAAACUGACCGAGGCUUUUAACAAGUUCCUAACCCGUGAAUCCUUGUGUAAUGUGACUUUGAGUGUGCAUCGGAAAACCAUCAAGGCUCAUCAAGCCAUUCUUUCGGCUUGCUCACCCUGGUUUGAAGAGAUCCUCUUGGAGAACCAACAUCCACAUCCCAUCAUCAUCCUCAAGGAUGUGCGAUAUGAGGACCUGAGAAACAUUAUCAAAUUCAUAUAUACCGGGGAGGUUUCUGUACCGCAACAUGAGUUGCAGGACUUCCUUCGGACGGCCGAGCUCCUGGAAAUCAAGGGUCUCUUGAAGAGCUUCUCGGAUAAUGAGCCCACUACCCCAAGCUUUUCUACCCUGGUCACAACCACACCCAAUCCCAUGGGCACCCUGCAGAAUCAUGGAGGAACGAGUCAUAUUGUCCAGACCAACCAUCUGCCAACACUGCCCACCGUUCCAGUUAGCUCACUAGUGCUCAACAACCACAACUCUAUUAACAAUGAAGUUCCUAUCAAUGAGCUCGUGUCCCAGAUCAAAGUCCCGGUUUCUCUGCCUCUUCAUCCCGCGUCCCCAUCCUCUCCCAAUCCUCAAUUCCACGAUGGGCACACUCAAGGAAAGAAGCGAAGGCUCAAUGAACACAAGUUGGGAUCAGGGAUCAAAAAGCGUCCCAUGAACCAGACCGCUACCCACACUUUGAUUCAUCCAACAACCCAUGUUAUCGUUAGCUCUGAUCAAGCUUCUCUAGUUCAAACCACAGACAAUGGAGCAUCCCUCCUAACUGCCACCGCCAUUGAUGGGGAUGGUGUCAAUUGGAUGGAAGAAUCCUCACCUAGGCAUAAUGAUGAAGUUCAAAACCAUUCCGAUCACAGCCAUGAAACGCUAACUCCAGCUCAAGUGGUGGCCAAUGGGGUAAAUGAUUGUGGCGCAUUCAAGAGGAUUUGGGCGGAGCGCUACCUUUGCUACAACUUGGGACGGGAGAUUAUCUGUCUUCUAUGCUUUUGUCGAUUCACUCAAUUUAAGAAGUUCAACUUGGAGAGACACAUGAGGAACAAACAUGCUCAAUUGUACAACUUGACAGAGGCCACAAGGAAACAAAUCUUGGAACGGUACGUGGCCCGGUAUGAAGAACAUGUGACCCCUGGAAUGGUGGCCAGUGUGCCAGCCCAUGGCAAUGAGCACAUGGCAAGUGAGAUCAUGGCUGUGGGACCCAUACAACUAGAUGAUCUUGACUUAGAUCUAGACCUGGAAACUUCCGUCAUGCCCCAGCUGCACAUACCUGGGGGCCAGGAUGGUGAUGAAGAAGGCAAUAAGACCAAAAUGGAUGGAACAAAGCUGGAACCACCCGAAGGCGGAGUGGAUGAUAGGGAUCAAAAAGCCACUCCAACUCCGCCCUCUGCUGACAUGGUGGUUAAUGACCCAUUGCAAAACCCUCCUGAGCAACUGAUUGUUGAGUGCGAGUUGGAAGAACCCGUUGUGGGUGCUGAAAUGGUCCUAGUCAAGCAGGAAAAGGGGUUUUCUUUGUAAUGGGAUUGAAACAAAAUUUAAGUAUUAUGAUACCCUUCCAUUAGGGGUUACUGUUGCCAUUUCUUUACUCCCUAUCAUGUUGUGUGACCUGAAUGUUCCAAAUCAACCGCCAAGUCACCUGAUCUUCCCUCUUGGUUCGGCUUCUCUAUGGUUUUUCAUGGGUAAAAGUUAACGAAGUACAAAAUUCAUCGCUUUUCCCUCUAGACCAUAGCUCGUUUUCGACUGCUAACCGUCACGGAUCUAGAUUCUGAAGCUCAAACUAAAUUUUAACUCGUAUGAAGUUUUUUUUGAUGAUUGACUUUACAAAAUUGCAAGCAAAAAACGUAAGUUUGAUAAGUAAGUAUCUUUGGAUAAAUAGAGAGAUAAAUUAUGAAUAAUUGAAGCACGCUAUUUAGUCCCUAAUCUUUUUCAUGUAACGUGUAUAAAUAAAUUUGUUUUUAUUUUCACCUAUUCUUCUUCAAUGAUUAACAGCCACGCAAAACUUGAACAACGAGCAUCAGAUGAAUGAAACGAGGUUGUGCACUAGAAUUCGGAAUUUGGAAAUUGUAAAUUUUUGAUCCCCUCUACUCUAGAUUUUCUGACUCCUCCAGAUGUGCAUUCAUCGCUCAAUUCCUUUAUGAACACCCAUCAUUCAGAUUCUAUCAAAUCUCAUUCCUUAGUACUCAAUGAAAUCUUUACAUUAUCAUUAUUCUUAAAACAGAAAGUUUAAUGUAUCUCUAUGUCUACAUCGUCAUUUACAUGAUUCUAACGUCUGUCGUGUACGUGUCUAGGCUAAUUACUCCAACGGAAAUCAAUGUGAAUGCUUGACAUAAUAAAGAGUGA